UAUAAUAGAAGAAGUUGACUGGUUCGCGGUAAUGGCGAGAACUCGCAAACUGAAGACGCUGUUUGCUAUAUUCGUUUCAGUCGGGAUGAUUGUCAUAGUUGACUGGAUAAUUAAGAAUUCAAAUGGCAUUCACAUUCCUAGAGGCACUAAACCAAACUCACUUACACUUUCACACAAAGAACACAUCGGUUUGGACCAUGGACAAUAUCAUAUCGCUCAAUCUGAAAUGACCAACCCAAAAGAAAAAUGCCCGGAUGUGUUGUCAAGGAUGACCCUUGGACAUUGGGUCAAGCGUCCAUUGACCAUAUUGGAACAAGAAGAGAUUGACACUUUCAUAUCUGUAGUCAGAAGAGGCCAAAACUUUUCACGGAAAGACGACCGAUGUGGGAAUACUACGAUUGGCGGCAAACGCGAGCCUCGUGCUCUAUGCUUGGCGAACGGCCCAAAGCCAUGCUGUUUUGAAGGGCACUGCCGUAAAAUGACCGUGUCACAAUGCCAAUGUCGGAACUGUUACGACAUCCGUCAACAGGUCCAUGCGGAAUUUGCAACAUGGCAGCCCUCGGAUGAAAGGUGUCAACCAAAAUUGUAUAGUGCCAAACAAGCUUGUGCAUUACUGACAAACGGAACCAUUCUAGUUGUUGGGGACUCUUUUCAGCGCCACCUGUUUUCGGCACUCCUCCUUAUACUAAGAGGCAACGAUACCCAAGGACCUUUGAGCAAGAAGACACCUACUGAAUUCCUAAAGAAAUGUUCGGGUAUGAAUGCUUUUGGUUUAAAAGAAUGUCGGAAAUACAUCGACAUCCAUCCUGGACACUCACUUUGCAACGGAAGCGUUCACGUCAAUUUUGCCAGUCAUGCGCAUUUUCAGUCGAAACUAGGCAUGUUACGGUACGUCAAAAUGUCAGCAAACCAACGCCGGCAUAUCAUUCUCGGAGGCAUCGGUAUCCAUGACAAUGCCAAUUCCUCAUUGGUAACAACCUACAUCCAACCAGCUUUGGACCUUUUGAAAAAUAAAACAUCAAAAUGGCCGUUGUUGAUGUGGUCUAACAUUCAUUCACCUGGUCUAACUAAAUCGCCCUACUUCAUAUUCCAAGGUUCCGAGAACAUUCUGGCUUUCAACAAAGCAAUGAGGAAACUUUUCAAGAAACACAAUGUGCCCGUUUUGGAUACAUUUAAUCUUACCCAAGGAGUGACAAGCUUCGAUGGGACACAUUAUGGGCUUGGCGUCAACUUAAUGAAAGCCCAGAUUCUCUUGAACUAUAUUGCAGAACAAGAAAUAAGAGGACGAUGGUGAAAGCAUAUAUUUUUUAUCAAAGACAUGCAUUUAUUCAAGAACAUUCGGAUCACAUAGCGUGAAACCCCUUUAACUGGAACUCCUUUUACCCUCUUGAUACACACACAGGGGCGUGUCACGCUUAGAAACAGCGUUAGAAAGACAUAUAGGUAUAUAGACCCUACCCUAGUACUAUAUAAAAGGUUAUCCUUUUAUAUAGUGCUUGGGUACUAGGUUACUAGGUUAUCCUUUUAUAUAGUACUAGGGUACUAGGUUACUAGGUUAUUUCACAGAUCUAUUUUUAGGCAGUUUUGUUUGUAAAAUUUGUAAAGAAAACAGAAGCGACAAACCACUUUCCACAUCGAUAAGAAAUCUCUGCCAAUUUGAGUCGGUUAUACCAUUCCGUCUUUAUUGUGAGCAUGUGUUUGUUCGUUUGUAUGUUUAACGCCACACUCAGCAAUAUCACAGAUGAUGACUUCAUAUCGAUGGCAAAGAAUUUAACUAUGCUGAACAAUAUUACACGUAAAGCAUGUGAAUGGCAAUUGGAGAUUGGAACAUAGCCGAGCUAUGUGACUAAGUGUGACUUUCUGUCGCACCAUAGAGCAAGGGGAAACGGUUUUCGUCCCUCGUCGAUAUACCAAUCAUAACUGCUGAAUUAUGUUGCACUUUUGGCAUUCAUGCCUUAAAUGGUAGAUUAGCAAAUGAUGUAUUGGUCAAUUUACAUGCUUUACUUAUAACGGUUGCAGUGUAGUUGACUACAUGCUAGCUUCUUCGUCAUUAUUUCCUUUCAUAACGCAGUUUAACGUCGGAACACUAGAUAACUCAUAUCACUUUCCACUAUCAUGUACACUCAAUAUCAACACACAUUACAGUAAGCUCCCCUCCACUGCUCAUUCUACCAUGCUCACCUCUAACAGUAAGCUCCCCUCCACUGUUCAUUCUACCAUGCUCACCUCUAACAGUAAUACACAAAAGGGUCAACAGGAUAAAUGGACAAAAGACAUGUGGUACAAGGAGGAAAACAGUGCAUUCAUUACAGACUUCAGGUCAUUGUUUAAUAAUCAAUACACUCAUUUAAAUGGCCUCAUCCAUAACAAUAUCGACCAAGCACUUUCAUAUUUAGUAACUCUUUUUCAGAAAGCAGUUGAUCACACAAAGAUCAUAUAUAAUGGUUCAUUUCCUUCACAAACGAGAACACAUCCACCUUGGUGGGAUCAGGACUUAGAAAACUUAAAGCAUGACAAAUAUGCAGCACUCAGGGCCCAUAGAGAUCACAAUGCAGACUUUAAUAUCUGGAGACAGUUACGAACACUCUUCAAAUGUACAUUCAAGUAAAAAAGAUUACAUUUCCAAAAUAAACAGAAAGAUAAACUAGUAGCAGCAAGUAUUAACCCUAAAUUAUUUUGGAAAACACUUAAAAUUGAGGAUCUUCACCACAAGUUUCAUCCAAUAUCCCACGCCAACAGUGGACAGAUCACUUCUUAAAUCUGUUAUGCAUUAAUACUCCUCAAAACACACCAGAACAUUUACCUUCACCUUUACAAUCUACAAGCAACACUGAUUCUGUUUUGAACCAACCAUUUUCCGAACAAGAAAUAUCUACAACUAUUCUCUUUUUGCCAAACAGUAAAGCCCCUGGUCCAGACGGGAUUGCUAAUGAAUUUCUAAAGGAGUCGAGAAGUUUCAUUGUCCCUACUUUCACUGUUCUAUUUAACAAAAUUUAUGACUCUGGCUAUUUCCCUCCCAGUUGGGGUAAGAGCAUUAUUUGCCCUUUGUUAUAAUCUGGAGACAAGAACGACCCCGACAAUUACCGUGGUAUAUCCCUCAUUGAGUCUUUUUAAAUUAUUUACAUCAAUUCUAAAUAAAAGAUUAAAAGUCUGGUGUGAUUUAAAUAAUAUCAUUUGUGAAUAUCAGGCUGGCUUCAGGGAAAACUAUUCUACAAUGGACCACAUUUUUACACUUCAGGCUGUCAUACAGAAAUAUUCAUGUAAAAAAAAGGGCAGAUUUUAUUGUCUUUUUAUCGAUUUUUCAAAAGCUUUCGAUACUCUUAAACAUGAUAAACUUAUAGAUUCUCUUCAUAAGGUUGGAUUAGAUGGGAAGUUCUUAGAUAUUAUCACAUGUAUGUAUAAUACACUUUGUGCCUGUGUUGUAACCCCUGAGGGACUUUCUAAGCAAUUUUUUUUGUAAUGUGGGUACCCGCCAGCGAUGUACUUUAAGCCCUCAGAUAUUAUAAUAUAUAUUAAUCAUUUAUGCACAAUUAUGCAAAAUUAAAGUGGUAAGGGAAUAUUUAUCACUGCUGUUUUCAAUAAUGUGUAUGCCCUUAUGUUUGCUGAUGAUGUUUCGGCUCUUUCAGACACUUGUAUUCAAUUGCAGAAAAAGAUAAAUGCCCUUGAAUUAUUUUGCAAAGAAACAGGAAUGAAAUUAAACCUUAAGAAAACAAAAGUGGUUGUUUUCAGAAAUGGAGGGCCUCUUAGAUCUUAUGAAAAGUGGUAUUUAAAUGGGAUAGCAAAUAGAAACAGUAUCUUGUUAUAAAUAUCUUGGCAUUAUAUUUACACCAAAACUUGUUUGGUCCAGGGCACAAUUAUGUUUAGCAUCUCAGGC